GUAACGAGCUCGCCACUUGGGCCGUGGGCUCAGCGCACGAGCACCCGCUUUCCCAGCUGUCCUCCCCAAGUCGCCCACUGUCACCACGAGGCAUUUUGCGUAUAUGAAGACCCGAAAAAGAAUAUCUAUAGUUUAUUUAGGCUACAACUAGCUGCUUUACUGGUUCUUUUUGAUCCAGUUGGAAACGCGCCGCGGUGGGUCAUUUUUGGCACGGUUUGACAGACGCACUACUUUCCCUGCGAGCGAUUUGUAAUCGCCGAUAGAGCGACACGAACAUGGGAGACGCGACAACAGAGGAGCCGCAACCAAUGCAAUCCGUGGAGGAGCCAAUGCCCGUGGAGGUGGAGGAAGCUGUGGAGGAACCUGACUCUCGCAACUCAGAGAAAAUUGACAUGUCUCUAGAUGACAUCAUUAAAAAGAACAAGGAAGAGAAGAAAGCACAGAGGGCCGAGCAGGCCAAAAACAAGCGUCUGAAAACCCGAAACAACGUCCUGAAGAAGCUGAACAAAGAGGGACAGCAAGCAGGCCGGUACUUCAGCAGAGGCUCCUAUCCAUUCCAAGGAGGCUACAGGUCAUGGUACACUGGGCCAGGCUUCCGAGGCUUCUACAAAAGGAGAGGGUUUGGUGCGGGCAGGGGAGCCUUCAGAGGAAGUGGAAUAAGCCCCCUGGAUCGACCCAGUCUGGAUGCCAAGGCAACUGGGCAAUUUGGUCAGACGAAAAAUGCAUUCAGAGGAUCUUUUGCCAACCGUUAUCGAGGCAGAGGGCGAGGGCGGGGCCAGGCUUCAGGAAGAGGUGGGGAUGCUGCAGCGAGGGGAGGCAGACCCUUCACCCUCAACAGAGGAUUUUCCACUACCAGUAGAGGAGGGGCGGUGGAGAGAUUUCAGAAAGUCAGAGGUUGGAAGAGGAACACCUCGCUGACAGUGUCCUUGUCCAAUUCAAAAGCUGCCAAUGACCAAGGGUGAGUUUCAGUGGUAAC